CAAUAGUAAACGUAAACCAGUUUAAAAUCUUUUGAGCUUAACCGGUGAAGGCUUCACUGUACAUAGAAAUGCAGAUCACAAGUUCUACAUACUAGCGUAUGGUUCCUCUGCAAAGGAGGUUAAAGAUACAGAGAAACACAUGAGAACACAUACUUGGUAGAAGCUGUUUAAAUGGGAUGAAUGUGGAAAAGAAUUUUUACAAAAAUGUGACAUACAAAAACACACGAGAACACAUACUGGAGAUAAAUGUGAUGUUUGUGGUUAAAGGUUUAGUAUGAGUAAUCACUUACACAUGUUACAGGGACACAUGAUGAUACAUACUGGUGAUAAACCCCAUGAGUGUACAGUAUGUGGAAAAGGAUUUAGUACGAAGCAGAACUUACAUACACAUUGGACAAUACACACGGGAUAUAAACCUUAUAAAUGUGGAAAAUGUGGUAAAGAGUUUAGUAGGGAACAACAGUUAAAAAGACACAUUUAUACACAUACUGGUGAAAAACCUUUCAAAUGUAGUGUAUGUGGAAGAGGAUUUGCUGAUAGUCGGAAUGUACAGAGACACAUAAGAACACACACUGGUGAUAAACCUUAUACAUGUGAGAAAUGUGAUAAAGAAUUCAUUCAAAGUAAUGACUUACAGAAACACAUGAGAACACAUACGGGUGAUAAACCUUUUACAUGUGAUGUGUGUGGAAAAGAGUUUAGUAUGGAACAUUCCUUAAAAAGACACAUUAAUACACAUACUGGUGAAAAACCUUUCAAAUGUAGUGUAUGUGGAAGAGGGUUUGCUGAUAAUGGGAACUUACAGAGACACAUAAGAACACAUACUGGAUAUAAACCUUAUAAAUGUGAUGUGUGUGGAAAAGAAUUUAGUCAGAGUACUAGCAGAAAUAAGCACACAAGAACACACACUGGUGAACAACCUUCUAUCUUUCAGAGUCCAAAGGAAUGGGAUUGCAGACAACAAUCAACUACAACCACUGGUUUACUGGCUCCCAAUUAUGGACAGAGGAUAGGACUUUUGAAAAAGUUUAAAGACAAUGGUGGACGCCAAAUGAUGAGAAAAGUUCACUUGGCCCAGGGUCAGUUUAGUGAUAAACCCCAUCAAUGUACAGUAUGCGGUAAAAGGUUUAGUUUGAGUAAUAUUCUGAAGGAGCACAUGAAAAUACAUACUGGUGAAAAUCCCUAUGAAUGUACUGUAUGCCGUAAAGGGUUCAGUAGGAGUCAUCACUUGAAGGAUCACAUGAGAAUACAUACUGGCGAAAAACCCCAUGAAUGUACAGUAUGCGGUAAAAGGUUUAGUUUGAGAAGUAACUUGAAGACGCACAUCAGAAUACAUACUGGUGAUAAACCCUAUGAAUGUACAGUAUGCGGUAAAAGGUUCAGUAUGAGUAUAUACUUAAAGAGUCACAUGAGAAUACAUACAGGUGACAUUCCUAAUGAAUGUAAAGUAUGCGGUAAGGGAUUUAGUACGAGUCAGAACUUACGUAGACACGAGCAUAUACACACUGGAGAUAAACCUUAUCAAUGUGGAGAAUGUGAUAAAGAAUUCAUUCAAAGGAUUGACUUACAGAGACACAUGAGAACACAUACUGGAGAUAAACCUCAUACAUGUGAUGUGUGUGGAAAAGGAUUUAGUGAGAGAAAUGGCAGAGAUAAACAUUUAAGAACACACACAGGUGAUAAACCUUAUAAAUGUGAUGUGUGUGGAAAAGGAUUUAGUCAGAGUAAUAACAGAGAUACACAUCUAAGAACACAUUUAGGAGAUUAACCUUUGCAUCCUUAUUUAUGUUAUGUAUGUUAUGUGUGUAUAUUUUGUGUAGCAAAGGUGUCAGUCAGAGUCAUAGCAGAGAUAAACACGUGCGAACACACACUGUUGAUUAACCUUAACCAGUCAGGGGACUUACUUAAAUGAGUGAUUUUCUAAAUCACUGAUUCAAGUAACAUUAUGUCCACAAAGGUUGGAAGUAAGAGUUGUCUUUCUUUAAUAAAUACUUUUUUAAGUAGUACAAAUAAAUCACUAGACUAAGUGAUUUAAUUUUAUUGUAGCUUUAAAUAUACAAUACUAAUGAUCCAGGGACUAAUUAUGUAGCUAAAAUUAUCAGAACCAUCAUCUGUGUCGAUAGGAUGACCAGUCAUGUCAGGUGAUGACCUUGUACUGAAUCUGGGAUAAUGACAUGAAAAAUCACUUGUUUAACAAUGUUUAAGUAUCAUACCUCUAUUUUCUUCAAAAAAAUCACUUCUUUAAGUAUUAUUAUUUUAAUAACCCCCACUAAUUUCAACACCCCCGAACAGUGAAAUUUUGAUCGCGAACAGUAAAAUUUUAUUACAUAAUCUGUAAGAUGAAGCCUUGAAUUUUACAGGAAAAUUACUCCCACUGCUGGAAAAAAUCUGUUAAGAAAGUAUCAGUUCUUUAUGUGAAGCCUUAAUUACAAAUGUAUAGCAUUUUUUCAACAAAAAUGGAAUUUACAGCUAAAUAAUUGCAUCAAAGGCAUAAAUCAUGCUACUUAAAUGAAGCAAAAAGUUCAUUUUUUUCAAUUUUACUAAUUAAUGAUAAGAUAUUAUCUAAACCUAUGUGUUUAAAUUUUUGGUAAAACUAUAAAAUCACAAUUUGUGACAAAAUGUUGAAUUUGCUACUUAAAUAAGUGAUUUAAAACUCUCUUAUUUCAGUAAUUCCCCCGACUGUUAACCCUGGUGAUGUUAUGUACAUGUAUGUUAUGUUUGUACAUUUUGUGAAGUAAAGGAUUCAGUCAGGGUCAUAGCAGGGAGACACACACUAGUUAUAAAUUUCUUAAAUAUGAUGCAAGAGGUAUAGGGUGUUGUUAGUUUUAACAUGCAGUCACACACAAGAACAGUCAUACUGUUGUUAGUUUUUUAAAGUUCAGUUUGGUCUUGAAAAUUAUUUACUAUGUCUUUCAGAGGAUAAAAGAAUCUGGAUUUCGAAACUGAGAACAUGCAAUUUUAAAAUUCCUUUUGAAACUGGCAGUAGUGCAACGUCGCUAGAACCAAUUGUCUAUCAUGUCUAUGUACCUUAUGUAAUGAAUGUGUUGGUGAUGAAUAUCAUUAUUUAUAUGUAUGUAAUAUUACUUAUAUCACCAUGAUCACUGAACUUUGGUAGAAAUGUAAACGUACAUAUUAUUAUAAAACACACCCAUCUGUACUGAAAAUGCAUAAGCUGCUGUCAUUUAAUAUGUCACUGUCAGUUAUUGCGUAAUUUAUCUAUAUUUAUCAAGAAAAUAUCUAAUCUCGUUUAAUAAGAUGCAUGUAUCUUAUAAGUUUUAUUAGCUUUGGAUAGUAUACUUUUGUUAUUACAUUUUAGUUCCCUGUCUAUUCUGUCAUUGGUUUCAUUGGAUUUGUGAUUUGUCCUCAUGUUACAUAUAUUUUGUGUCUGAGGGUAAAUAAAGAAUUGAAUUGAAUUGUUAAAAACAUCAUACUAGUACAUAAUAACAGACUUCCCGGUGUCCUAGCACUCCCUUUGUGUUGGGGAGGUGAUUGUCCUUGUAAAUAUAUGCUGUAAAUACGUUAGUGACACAUCUCCAUUAAUCCUGAAAUGGAGUGUACACGGAGUUCUUGAGGGGUGCUCCGAAUAACGGAGGAAUCUACUUAUACCAGUGUGAAGAAUGUGAUAAAUGACAUGUCACUUUCAGAGAUACAUGAUAAUACACUCUGGUGUUGAACUUAUACAUUGUGUGUCUUUCAACUAUGGAAUGAUGGAUAUGUCAUUAAACUUUUGGUGUCAUGAAAUUAUGAGAGUGUCAUUAAACUGUGGGAUUUACUGAAUUGAAGAUGUGUCAAUAAACUGUGAGGGUGUCAGUUAACCUAUGGGUAUGUCAUUAAAUUGUGAGUGUCAUUAAGCUAUGAAUGGGUCAUUUAACUAUCAGUGUUAAAGUAUGACAUGUAUGAUGAUGCCAUUACAAGUAUGUAAUGUAUGAUAAUGUCAUUGAAAGUUUGUAAUGUAUGAUAAUGUCAUUGAAAGUUUGUAAUGUAUUAUAAUGUCAUCAAAAGUAUGAAAUGUAUGAUAAUGUAAUUAAAAUUAUGUAAUGUAUGAUAAUGUCAUGAAAAGUAUGUACUGUAUGAUAAUGUCAUGAAAAGUAUGUAAUGUAUGAUAAUGUCAGUAAAAGUAUGUAAUGUAUGAUAAUGUCAUAAAAAUAUGUAAUGUAUGAUAAUGUCAUAAAAAUAUGUAAUGUAUGAUAAUGUCAUAAAAGUAUGUAAUGUAUGAUUUUAUGUCAUUACAAGUAUGUAAUGUAUGAUUUUAUGUCAUUAAAAGUAUGUAAUGUAUGACAAUGUACAUCAUGUACAUGUAUGAUACUCAGUAAUGUCAUUGAAAAUAUGUAAUGUAUGACAAUGUUAUUAAAAGUUUAAACAUGU